AUGGCUGAGGCCUUGCUUGGAUUUGUGUUAGAGAAUUUGUCAUCUCUGCUUCGGAAUGAAUUUUCCACCAUUUUCGGAAUCAAGUCAAAGGUUGAAAAGCUAUCAACCACCUUAGAUCUCAUUAAGGCUGUCCUUGAAGAUGCUGAGCAGAAACAAGUCACUGAACGCUCUAUUAAGGUAUGGCUGCAACAACUCAGAGAUGUUGUAUAUGUGCUGGAUGAUAUCCUUGACGAAUGUUCCAUUGAAUCUAGACGGCUGAGGGGCUUUAUCAACCCAAAGAACUUAAUUUUUCGUUGUGACAUAGGCAAGAGGUUGAAAGAAAUUACAAGGAGAUUAGACGAUCUUGCUGAUAGUAAAAACAAAUUUCUUCUACGAGAGGGUAUUACUGUUAGGGAAAGCUCAAUUGAAGUACCUGAAUGGCGUCAAACCAGCUCAUUUAUUGCUGAACCUAAAGUUUAUGGACGAGAAGAUGAUAAAGAGAAGAUUGUUGAGUUUCUUCUCAUGCAAGCAAGGGACUCCUCUCUUUCCAUCUAUCCCAUAGUUGGCUUAGGCGGUGUUGGAAAAACAACUCUUGCUCAAUUGGUCUACAAUGAUGUUAGGGUGACAGGAAAUUUUAAUACAAAAAUUUGGGUUUGCGUUUCUGAGGCAUUUUCUGUCAAGCGGAUUCUAUGUUCCAUUAUAGAAUCUAUCACAUCUGAGAAGUGUGAUUCCUUACAUUUAGAUGCAAUACAAAUAAAGGUGCAAGAUUUGUUGCGAGGUAGAAGAUAUUUUCUAGUUUUAGACGAUGUAUGGAACAAAACUCAAGAACUAGAAUCUGGAUUAAGCCAAGAAAAAUGGAAUAAGUUAAAAUCUGUGUUGCUUUGUGGAUCUAGAGGCUCUUCCAUUUUAGUUUCCACUCGAGAUGAGGAUGUUGCGGAAAUUGUGAGAACAUGCCAAACUUAUCAUUUGUCUGUUCUCCGAGAAAAGGAAUGUUGGUUGUUGUUCAAACAAUAUGCAUUUGGACAUGACAGAGAAGAAUGCGCAGAACUUGUGGCAAUAGGUAAGGAGAUAGUAAAGAAAUGCGGUGGAUUGCCUCUUGCGGCACAAGCAUUGGGAGGUCUGAUGCGAUCGAGGAGAGGAGUAAAAGAAUGGCUUGAAGUUAAAGAGAGCAGAAUUUGGGAUUUAACAGAUGAGAAUUCAAUCUUGCCUGUCUUGAGGUUGAGCUACUUUCAUUUAACUCCGACCUUAAAGCAGUGUUUUUCUUAUUGUGCUAUAUUUCCCAAAGAUAGGAUAAUCAUGAAAGAAGAGCUCAUUCAUCUUUGGUUGGCUAAUGGAUUUAUUUCGUCUAGAAAAAAUUUGGAGGUCGAAGAUGUUGGCAGCAUGUUUUGGAAUGAAUUGUGCCAAAAAUCAUUCUUUCAAGUCAUCAAGAUUGAUGAAUAUUCUGGAGACAUUUCUUUCAAGAUACAUGAUCUUGUCCAUGAUCUUGCUGAGUCGAUAAUGGGGCAAGAAUGUGUGAUUUUGGAGAAUGAAAACAUGGCUAAUUUGUCAAAAAGUACACAUCAUAUUAGUUUUCAUGAUGCUUCUCAUUUAUCAGUCAAUAAGAGUGCCUUGAAAAAAGUAGAAUCCUUACGCACAAUGUUUGAUUUGAAUGAUUAUGGUUAUCGAUACACCGGUUACUUCCCAACAAACUGUUCUCUUAGAGUUUUAUGCAUCUCCUCUUACCAGGUAUCGUCACUCGGGAGCUUAAUUCAUUUGAGGUAUUUGGAACUUUUUGGUUGUAACGUUAAAAGCAUCCCCGACUCAAUUUACAACUUGCAUAAACUAGAAAUCUUGAAAUUGAAAAAUAUUUCAAGACUGAGAUGUCUACCGAAACGUUUGGCUUGCUUACAAAAUCUCAGGCAUCUUGUCAUUGAAGAUUGUGAUGCACUUUCUCAAUUGUUUCCCGACGUUGGAAAACUAACUUGCCUAAGAACUUUAAGUGUAUACAUUGUUAGUUUAGAGAGAGGACAAAGUUUGACAGAAUUACGUGAUCUAAACCUUGGAGGGACAUUGAAUAUCAAAGGGUUAAAAGAUGUUGGUAGUUUAUCUCAUGCUCAAGAUGCCAAUUUGAUAGCUAAAAAAGAACUCCAAGAAGUAUGCAUGUCAUGGAGCGUCAAUGAUGAAAUUACCGACACCCCUACUGUUAGUUCCGAGCAAGUACUAGAAGGGCUCCAGCCACACACAAAUCUCAAAAGGUUGAAGAUACAUUACUAUAAUGGAUUCUGUUUCGCAAGUUGGAUCAAAACUCUAAGUAGUUUAGUUUCUCUUGAACUUAAGGGUUGCAACAAGUGUGCGCGCCUUUCACCAAUUGGUAAACUACCAUCUCUUAGGAAACUCGAACUACGUGAUAUGAAUGAUGUCAAAUUUGUGGAUGAUAAUGAUGACGACGAUGAUGAAUUUCACGACAGUAUGGACGUGAAGAUUUUCCCAUCUCUUGAGGAACUCAUAUUAUUUAAUUUACCAGGAUUAGAGAGGCUGUGCAAACUGGAAAGAAGGGAGUUGUUUCCCUGUCUUUCUAUUUUGAAAAUUUCCUUUUGCUCUCAACUUAGAUUGUCGUGUCUUCCGUGUGUUAAACACCUAUCUGUAGAUGGAUGUAGCAAUGUGUUACUGAGUUCAAUCUCUAGCUUAUAUGGUCUUACUACCCUUUCCCUUGGUGGUGGUAGAGGAAUAACAUCCUUUCCAGAGGGGAUGUUCAGAAAUCUUACUUGUCUUCAAACUCUAAGCAUAUGUUAUUUUCAGAACUUGAAGGAGUUACCAAAUGAACCCUUUAGCCUUCCUUUGGACAGUCUGGAAAUCUCUUUCUGCGAUGAGCUUGAGUCUUUACCAGAAAAAAUUUGGGAAGGUCUGCAAUCCCUUCGAACCUUGACAAUUGCUUUUUGUAAAGAAUUGAGAUGCUUGCCGGAGGGUAUUCGACACCUCACUUCUCUAGAGGUUCUGAACAUUCGUGGUUGUCCAACAUUAGAGAAGCGAUGCAAGGAGGAAACAGGGAAGGACUGGAACAAGAUAGCGCACAUUCCAAACAUAAAUAUUAGGCAUCCAAAUCCGCCGUAG